AUGGUUCAUGCUCCCUUCUCCUCGUACGAACGCGUGAACAUUGGUCAUGGUACACUCAUCGCAAUUUGGGUUACAUUUGGCGUUGCAAGUCUUAUCUUCUGGACUCGCAUGUUAGUCCAAAUACGCUAUAUGAAGCGACUUGGAAUUGACGAUUAUUUGAUGCUGGCGGCCUGGCUUUAUGACGGCCUCGGACCUUCCAUGAUUUGUUUUGACGACAUCGUGAAAUAG